CGAUUCAUGCCCAAAACUUCCACUCCAAAAAAAAAACCUGUCGCUGCUCCUCCUUUGGCUGCUAAUGCCACAAAGACUAUUUCGAUACCUGCCUUUGUUCCUCACAAGGAUGUAGAUGCAUCGUCACUUUUUGGUCGUAUUCCUGCUGCUGUUUGGUUUGCUGCAUUCCUAUUAAGCAUGCUUUUCCAUCUUGAAACUGCUCCUUACUCCAAAGUAGAAGAAUCCUUUCAUACUCAAGCAGUCCACGACCUGAUCUUUUAUGGACCACACCAGCUUGCCAAAUUCGAUCAUAAACUUUUCCCUGGUCCAGUAAAACGCACCUUUAUUGGUUCGGUUCUUCUCUGGAUAGCCACAUUGCCAAUCACUAUUCCGGUCCUUCAUAUGCCAAACCUAGGGCUUUAUCAUCUGCUGCUACCGCAUACCAAGAUUGCAUUCCAGUAUCUUGUUCGCGCUGUCCUGGCUGCAACCAUGGCAACAUCACUCACUUGCAUACAUACUGCUGUCCGCAAGGUGCAUGGUCAUCUCAUUGGAGGCUGGUUUUCUGUCUUGUGUCUAUCGCAGUUUCAUCUUAUGUUUUGGGGAUCUCGAACUCUAUCCAAUAUUUUUGCACUGGUCUGCUUCAACAUGGCCUUUGCCUAUUGGAUCAGAUCUAAUCUUGAAACUAAAGAUAAAAAAAGCUUACCCAUCGUCACUCCUUACUUUAAGCUCAUGCUCUAUUUUUUAGCCUUUGGAUCUAUUGUUUUCCGUGCAGAGCUGGCUCUCCCAUCUGGUCUCAUUAUUACGGGUGAGUUGUUUGAUACACAGCGGUUUACUCCACCUGCAAUCAUACUGAUUGGCGCGGUUGCUGCAACUGCUUCGUUGAGCAUCACUGUAGCUAUCGACUCUUACUUUUGGGAAGAAGUUGGGGUUUGGCCUGAGCUAGAAAGUUUCAUGUUUAAUGUGGUUGAAGAACGAUCCAAGGAUUGGGGUGUGAGUUCGUAUCACAGCUAUUUUACAUCUCUAGUUCCUCGUAUUGCUCCAUUGUCAUUUGCAAUGUCUUUUGUGGCAUGGCGAUUUUCACGAAGUGCAGUGCAUCGGUAUUGGCGAGUGGUCUACGCAUUUUUAGUCAUUUAUUCGAUUCUUGCACACAAGGAAUGGCGAUUUGUAAUUUAUGUUAUGCCAAUGCUGAAUCUGAUAGCUGCAAUUGGCCUUGCACGUUUGUAUGAAAUGGCUCAGGGGAUCAACCCCAUUGUUUCCUAUUCUGUUGAUGAAACUAAACAAGAGCAGUCUGGUACGGUUACAAAGGAUCCACUUCAGCCUAAACCACGAUCACCUCCUACAUUAUCUCCAAGAGUUGCAUCCCUGAUUAUUUUUGCAGUAAAGAUGGGCUGCUUUGGACUCAUGGUUAUGUCGCUUGGUAUGCUUUAUGUGUCCAGCUUUAAUUACCCAGGUGGCGAAGCAUUUAGCCGUGUGCAUCAGAUUGUAUUUGAACGAUAUCAAGGUAAUCAAGCCAGCACGUUUGAAUGCAAUAUCCACAUUGACACAUUUUCAGCCGUGUCGGGCGUCACCCGCUUUGGCGAGUGUUCGGAUCAUUUUCCUGUACGCUGCACCUACUCCAAGUAUGAGAAUCAUACUACUUCAGCAGAUUUUGUUGAUGCAGGAUACACCUACUUGUUGACAUCUGUUCCUGAUUUUCACUUGACAGCCACAGUCGAGGGAAAACCUGUAUGGAACAUACUUGAAGCCGUAAAUGGAUACGAAGAUAUAAGUAUUGAGCCAUUAUUUGAAUGGCAGAUGGAGAUGGUUGAGAUACUGAGCAAGGGCGAAUGGUCCAAUCUGAGAUUACCAGUGAAACCAAUUUUAAGUCCAAAGGUUUACAUUCUUUCCAACACUUUAAAAUAAAGUUUAUUUUAUGGUUUC